AUGGGUAAAUCCGAUAAGAAUUUGUUCAUAUCUCCGAACAGUGUCGGUAACAUCUUGAGGCUUCUACUUCUAGCUUCUCAAGGUGAAACUAAUGGAGCGCUGAGUCAUGCUCUCUCGUCCCAAGCUAUUGACAUACACCUUGCCUCUAAAUGCCUCGCUGACCGAAUCUAUGAUUCUACGGGAACUGAGACUCUGAACAGCACUAAUGAUUUCUUCAUUUCAUCUGAGUAUAAGGAAAGUGAGAAGACGAGAGAGUAUAGGAAAAACGCAGAACAUUUGUAUCGAGCUUCAUUCUACAAUUGUAAUUUUGCAAGGAAACCGGACAGGGCACUAAAAAGAAUCAACGGAAUCGUCGAGAAUAAAAGUAACGGUCUCAUCAAGAACCUUUUUUCUCCUGGUGAUAUCAGCAACGAGACAAAACUGAUCAUCGUCAAUACAAUCGCUUUCAAGUCGAACUGGAAAAAUCAGUUUGAUAAAACAAAAACCACAUAUGGCAUCUUCAAUGUUGAUGAAGAUACUGAGGAAUUGACAGAGUUCAUGGAAGUGGAAGGAAACUUCUCUCGUGAAUGGGUCCAGAUACCACAAGGAGCACUAGGUACUGUAGAAGUGGAAAUAGUUGACAUGCCCUUUGAGUCCGCUGAGUACAGCAUGAUGGCAAUCCGAUACAGCGGCAACCAUUUCGGAGACUUGGCUGCUAUCGAGAGUUACGUGGCAGAUAAAGGCAUCUUGACGGUCCGGGAGUCGCUCAAAGAGUUCCCCACAGCAAUUACCUUCCCCAAGUUUAGGAUGGAGUAUGACCGGGAUCUGAACGAGAUCUUCACUCGGGACACUGGUCUUGGAAUAGUAUUCUCUCCUCGAGCUGACUACAGCGGGUUCGCAGACGCUCUUUACAUCAGCAAUAUCAUCCACAAAGCUGUUAUAGAGGUCUCUGAGGAGGGUACUGUUGCCUCCGGAGCAACUGGAGGCUUCUUUGUUCAGCGCGGCUUCGCCUCCAAAAUGAAGUUUGAUUGUCCCUUCGUGUUUUACAUUUAUCACUCCUGCGACGGACUGGUUCUUUUCCAGGGCAGAUAUGCUUAUCCUGAUUCUACGGACUAA